CACUAGUUCAUUCGCGUCUAUUUUGUACGCGAAACAGUAAAAAAAGAAAAGAAAUAUUUGUACUAUUUUUCUAACGUUUAUACGCUUUUUAUAAAUGAAGACCCAGCCACAGAUAAUGCUGUGAGGCCCCGUUUUCGAUUGGCGAUAGCAAAGCGCGAACUCCCUGCCGACGGCCUAUGUCCCCCAAAAAACCGAAUCGAGUGCGGAAAAUGAUGUAAAACGGGGGGAAAUCUAAACCUGAAAGGCCCCACACAGCACAGCCACAAAAUGGAAAGGCACUAGCAACAACAACAUCAGAGAAGCGACCAAGAUGAGCAUGUCGUGGCAUUUUUGAAGCAUCGAUCUUAGUUUGUUAGCCAGCUUUCUGUUCAAGUCACCGAGGUACCAGAGUCUCCCCCUCCAAGUUCCAGCAGCUCCAGCAUCCGAGUCCCCCCAGAUCCCAGCGAGCAGUCCAUGAUGCAUAUCAAGAGCCUGCCCCAUGCCCAUGCCGCUGCCACGGCGAUGAGCAGCAACUGCGACAUCGUCAUAGUGGCCGCCCAGCCCCAAACCACCAUAGCGAAUAGUAACAACAAUGAGACGGUCACCCAGGCCACCCAUCCCCAUCCCGCUCACAUGGCGGCGGUCCAGCAGCAACAGCAACAGCAGCAGCAGCAGCAGCAACAACAGCAGCAGCAGCAACAACAACAUCAUCAGCAGCAGCAGCAGCAACAACAGCAGUCGAGCGGUCCUCCCUCCGUGCCGCCCCCGCCCACGGAAAUCCCCUUUCCCCUCCAGAUGCACCUGACCGGGAUCUCGGCGGAGGCGCACAGUGCCGCCCAAGCAGCGGCCAUGGCAGCUGCCCAGGCUGCAGCAGCUCAGGCCGCAGCGGCGGAGCAACAACAGCCGGCAGUGCCGCCUCCACCGCCACCACACCUGACGCACCUGACCACGCACAGUCCAACGACGAUCCCCAGCGAUCAUUACCUGGCCAACGGACAUGGCGAACAUCCCGGCGAGGCCAAUGCCCCCGUUGGAGGCGGAGGUGGAGGAGGAGGAGCAGUCCGCGAGCCGGAGAAACCCUUCCACUGCACCGUCUGCGAUCGUCGCUUCAGGCAGCUAAGCACACUGACCAACCACGUGAAGAUCCACACUGGCGAGAAGCCCUACAAAUGCAACGUUUGUGAUAAGACCUUCCGUCAAUCGUCGACGCUGACGAACCAUCUGAAGAUCCAUACGGGCGAGAAGCCCUACAACUGCAACUACUGUCCCAAGCAUUUCCGUCAGCUGAGCACUCUGGCCAACCAUGUGAAGAUCCACACGGGUGAAAAGCCGUUUGAGUGCGUCAUCUGCAAGAAGCAGUUCCGGCAGUCCAGCACACUCAACAACCACAUAAAGAUCCAUGUCAUGGACAAGGUCUACGUUCCUGUAAAGAUCAAAACGGAGGAGGAGGAGGGGUGACUAGGACGCAUGGCGUUGGCGGCACACCACCAUCAGCACCAGCAGCAGCAGCAGCCACACCAGCAGCACCACCACCAACAGCAGCAGCAUCAGCACCAUCCACCGCCUCCGUCUCAGCAGCAGCACAUCGACCAGCGAGGAGUCACCAUUACCACGCUUCCCUCCGCCACGACAGUGGCCCAGCAUCAGCAGCAGCAGCAGCACCACAUUCAGGACGGCUCGCCGCACCACCACUUCAAUGUGGCCGCUCUGGGCGAUCUGUCCAGCGCCAUGCAACUGGGCGCCGUUACGGCGGACGGCAGCUUUGUGACGAUGGGCGGCGUGGUGGUGGGACGCAUCCAGCAUACGCGAGAGGAGCUGCAGCAGCUGGGAGUGAUCAAGGUGGAGUCACCAUCGAAUGGUGGCACAGCCACGACGUCAGCGGCGGCGGCAACGCAGCGCGAGGGAUGAGUCGAUGAGCUGCUCCUCGAGUACAUGCUCAAGGAGGAGAAUGUGGAAGAGGAGGAUGAACAGGAGCCGGAAACGGAAAUGGAAAUGGAAGCGGAUAUGGAUGUAGUAGAGAACCAGGAGCAGGAUCAGGAGCAGAAAGAGGAGCAGCGAUCGAGCCAGAAGUGAGCCAUGUUUGGUGUGUACGCUUACGUUGUUGUUAGUUGUUUAAUUGUAGCGAACAUUGUUGUUGUUGUUAAGGUUUAAAUGUGUGACUAAGAACUUACCAAGAUGAAUGUAUAGCAAACGCUUCAAAAGUAGCUAACCGAAAGGCGCCAACACCAGCACCCAGAGCUCCCAGAAAAAAAAAACCGCAAACCGUAAACAGAAAUCCGAAACCAGAAACAGAAAUAUUAACACUAAUAGUAAAGCUAAUAGUAAUACUAAAAAACCAGAAGAAGAAAGACCUUAGCGGAGAGUUGUCCACAUAACAUCGCACCCCAUCUCACAUUCUCACCCCCGGAAAUAGAUUAAACCACUCUCUACUCACUUAAAUAAUCCUAACCAUAACUAGAAGAAAGCUAAAUUGCUAAUAGAAAAAAGAUAACUAAACCCGAAAUAAGCAAAAAGUCAUUGCGUGUAAGGAAACAGAACUAAAAUGCUUCACAAAGUGCGAACCCAUUUCAAAUUGUAAAUUUGUUAAACCGACUCACUUUCAAAUUGUUUAAUUUAGCAUUUAACGUUAUAUAUAAAUUGUACGCACCUUGACUUAGUCAGGUUGCCGACGUUUUUACUCGCCAUCUUGUGAGGGCGUGUUUUGGUCUGGGUUAACACAAAUACAAUUUGUUUUAAAAAUUUCCUAGUUUAAUUAUUUAAUUUCGUAAACUUUUCAACAAAACCAUAAACAAUACCCUGAACAGAAAACGGCAAACAAAAAAAUUCUAAUAGUGUUAAGUGGUCGAAACUAUCUAAUUUCAUAGUCCCUAGAGAGCCAUAGUUUUAAAUGCAGCGUUUUGUUAAUUUUAAUUGAUUAGUCUUAGUAGUUUUAAUUUCUGCAUUGGCAUAAUUUGGAAACACAAAAGCUGUUACGCUAGCCUUCGUUUAAAUAUUAGUUAAUGAAGUUAAUUACGAUUAUGCGGUAGGAAAGCAACAAGUUCUGUACAAAGCCCAACUCCAAUUUGUAUGUAUAAAGCGAAAGCAGCGGCGUUAAGGAGAGAGUUUAACUAAAUUGUAAAACAAACCCUAAAAGAGAAAAUAAUAUUUUCUAAAAAUACAACAUGCGACUUUUUAUGUUACCACUUUAUUCUAUGUUACCCCUGGUUUCCUCACAGCCCGACUGACCUUUGUUUCUUUUUCCCCCGGUCGCCUUUUCAAUACCUUUAAAAACUGCAGCAAGGGUCGAGCUUCAAAGACUCGUGCGUCAAGUUCCUAUAGAUUUCAAAGCGCAACAAAAACGAGAAUCCCCAAAAUGUAUACGAAUCAACGGCAAGCCGGGAAGUGGAGAUACAUUAAACGAAACCUAGCCUAUAUGGAAUAAAUAAUAAAUAAAUGUUGAUAAAUGUGUAGUGUUAACGAAUUGAAAGCCAGGCAGAAACGAAAAUCCCAAGCCUCAACCUAGCAGAGUAAUGAUAUGAUGGAUCGCCAGUAGGAUCUUAGAUCCGUAGAAACAUUUAUUGGCCGCAUUGAAAUGUCAUCCAGAAUGCAGAUCGUAUUCCGGCCCAAAAACUCAAAGCUCUGCGCCCCCAGCUUCCCCAACCCUCCCACGCGUAUGCAUAUACUUUAAAUAUAAGUGACGUAGUGAGAUUAGCAUUUAAGAGCCUAAAUUAAUGAUAGUUGAGUGUGUAAAAUGUAAAACUGCAAAGAAUUUAGACAUACAAUGAACAAAGACAGAAACGUUAGGCAAAUCGAGGUGGCAGAAGGAUGAGGAACUGCAAAAAAAAA